AUGUCUGACUAUGGCAAGGGCUCCAAGGCCGCCAUGUCUGUCGAGAAGAGCGCCGAGGGCACUGUUUUGACCAAGGGAUCUACAGCUUCGAUGGAACAGCCCGCUUCUCGACAACAACUACCGUCAUUAAGCAGCCUCUUUGGACCACCCAACUCGAGAUCUCUCAACUCACCCAUGUCAGAGCGUACCAGCCUGCCCACAGCUUCGCCCAUGGACCGCUCGCGCUUUGGCAGCUCACAUGCCCGUGGCCAAGGGGACUCAUACUUUCCACCAGCUCUCUCACCACCCAUCUCACAGCCACGGAGCUCCUACGAGCCUGCCAAGUACGAAUCGGAGCGGCACUCUCUCCAUUCCUUGCGGAAAUCGACAUCCGGUCCCGCGUCGCCCGGUUUCCGGGCGCACAACCAUGUGCGAGUCGAGUCGCGCGCCGAUGUCGAGCCUCACCACAGCAGGUGGCCAACAUCGCACCGCCAGGAGCACGGCAAGGGCGAUUACAUCCUCGAAUCAAGAGAGGCCGAGCUCCGUUCGCGCGACUUUCAUCUGCAGUUUCCAGGGUCCAAAGACGCCCACCAUAGCUACCGCGACCACAGAUCAUCUACCGCCGCCCACAAUCAGCCCCAAACACCCACGGGCGACUCGCACAUGGAGAUUGUUACCGGCAAAGAUGGGCUAGGUCCCAAGAUCUGGACCGGAAGCCACUUCUUGCCCAGGUUCGUCCGCGCGGCAGAGGUGCCGGGCGAGGGUCUCUGCUAUUUCUACGACGACGGAAGCCACUGCAAGACCGUUAUCGACGGCGAGGCGGUCAACGCCCACUGGGGUGUGACCAAGGCGGGUAAACCUAGGAAGAGGUUGGCCAUUGCUUGCGUGACUUGCCGCGAAAAGAAGAUCAAGUGCGAUCCCGACUUCCCUCGCUGUGUGCAAUGUGAGAAGUUUGGACGAGUCUGCAAGUUCAAGAAUGCGCCGCGCGGUGGCCACAAUGGCUCUCCCACAACACCGCCGGCGGAAUUUGAGGAUCGACGCAAGAUGAUUGAGCCCGCGAGGCCACAAGAGUAUCGCAUGCCUAUGAGCAGCGAGAGCUCGCCCAUCUCCCCGCGCAACACCUUGCCCGAUCACUCGUCGCACAAACGCAUAAAGGUUGACCACCACAGCUAUGUGCCCAACGGCGCGCCCUCGCCGGCCAUGUCCCGGCCCAUGGAUCACUCCAAGUCCCACGUCGGCGCCCCGCUGGCUCCCCCAGAAUUGCCUAGGAUUCCAGAAAGUGUUUUGGAACGUGCGUGGCAAACCAACCCGUAUGCCACAGAUGCCCAGUCCAUUAGCGGCGUCGUCGACCAGUUCUUCCAACAUAUCGAUAGCACGAUGAUCCUGCAGCUGUUGCCAGAAAGAGCGACCAAGACUUGGGUCUGCAGCCUGGUGCACAGGAAAUCACCGGAAGACCUGAUGCUCCUCUACAGCAUCUUGGCCGUUGGGGUGGUCCUGUCAGGCGGACCCAAGAAGCAUAUUGCGUACGAGUAUGCCCAAGUGGCUCACUAUGCGCAGAGGGCUUGCCCCAGGACCUGCCUCCAGCUUGUGCAGAGCAGGAUUCUUCUAGCCGUGUACUACCUCUCUGUCAUGCGCCGUGGCGAGGCUGGCCAGAUGAUCUCGGCAGCGGCCGGGACGGCGACUUGCCUGCAGCUCAACCUGGAACUGGAGCAGACGCGAGAAGCCAGCCUGCACGCAUACCCGCUCAACAUGACAAGGGCCGGCUACAGCGAGUCGAGGCGCCGCGCCAUGUGGUCGCUCUUCAUGCUCGAGCGCGUCAACUCCAUGUACCUGGGUCGUUUGACGACGAUCAACCCCGAGAACAUUUACCUCCGCCUGCCGUCGGACCUGCGCAACUUUGAAGACCAGCUCGACAGCCGGUCACCCAUGUUCAAUCCCCACGACCUCAGCAUCACCCGCUCGAUCGACCAACCACAGGAGGUGGCGUCGUAUCUGGUCUCCGUGGCUCACAUCUGGGCCGAAUGCCAGUCCUCCGUCUACAACUUGACUCAUCGCCCCGAGUCGUCCGAGGCCGAGUUCUCGCGCACACGCCACCUAGCCAGCAAACUGGAGCAUUGGCAGGCGGUCAUCCCUAGCCGCCUGGUGUCCAUGCCGUCGAACCUGGAGACGGCAGCAGCCUAUGGUCAGCUUGGCUCGUUCUUGACAAUGCAUCUGCUGUACCACCAUGCUUCCAUGACGCUCAACCGCUACACGCGUGCCAGCCGCUCGCUCUCCGCCGAGGUCAAACGGGAACAUGUUUCCAAGUGUCGCUACCACGCCACUGAGACUAUGGAGCUACUUGAGCGUCUGGGCCGUCUGUCGAGGGCACGUCCAAUGGCGCCCAGCGUUGUGCCUCCCAUGGUAGCCCUUUCUGCUGUGGAGGCUGUCGAUGUGCUAAGUGCCAGCCGCCCGCUGUCGGCGGUGAAUGCAGUCCUGGAUAACAUCCGGGUGGUGAAGCCCUUGGUGGACUCUAUGGGUGGCAUCUGGGAGGAGUCACGCGAGUUCAGGUACGCCAUGGACAAGCGAUUGCAGAUGCUGAACCGAAUCCGCGACCACGCGUCGUACUCACCGAGCGCGAUCGAAGGACUCCGAAUCGUGUCCAAGUACGACGAGAAAGAGGAGAAGUGCUAUCACUGGGAGAUUGUGGAGCCUCUGGAGCGCACGCAUGCGCGGGAGAUGGACAUUGUGUACGGAUCAUAG